CACUUUUUGUCAUUUGUUGUUGCGCAUUGAUUCUCUCUUCUCUUCUCACAUGCCAGAGUCAGUCCUAAAACAGAGAGAGAGAUCUGAAGUAAACUUGAAAAGAAAUGGCAAUGACGACGUCGUCCAAAAGGGGAUUGGGAUGGAUAGAAUGGUUAAGAGGAUGGAUGUAUGUAGUACACGAGAUGUUGUUUCAAAGAAUAAUGGCUAGUCACUUACAAAACCCUCUCCCUUUGCCUCCUGUUAAUGGCCUCACUUGCAUUGUCACUGGAUCUACUAGUGGUAUAGGCACCGAAAUCGCCAGGCAAUUGGCUGAGGCAGGGGCUCAUGUUAUUAUGGCUGUGAGGAAUACCAAAGGAGCCCAUGAGUUGAUUCGCAAGUGGCAAAAUGAGUGGUCUGGACUUGGUCUCCCGCUCAAUAUUGAGGUGAUGGAACUUGAUCUUCUCUCCUUGGAGUCGGUUGUGAAGUUUGCUGAAGCAUGGAAUGCACGUUCAGGACCUUUACAUGUUCUUAUUAACAAUGCAGGGAUAUUUUCUAUAGGAGAACCACAAAAAUUUUCGAAAGAUGGGUAUGAACAACACAUGCAAGUGAAUCAUCUAGCUCCAGCAUUGCUUUCAAUAUUGCUUUUGCCAUCCCUAGUUAAAGGCUCUCCAAGCCGAAUUGUCAAUGUGAAUUCAGUUAUGCAUUAUGUUGGCUUUGUUGAUACGGAAGACAUGAAUGUUAUUACUGGGAAGCGCAAGUAUACAAGCUUAGUGGGGUAUGCUAGCAGCAAGUUAGCACAGGUCAUGUUUAGUAGUGUUCUUCAUAGGCGCCUUCCUGCAGAAGCCGGCAUUAGUGUAGUAUGUGUUUCACCUGGAGUCGUACAGACCAAUGUUGCAAGGGAUCUUCCCAAAAUCGUGCAAGCAGCAUAUCACCUGAUACCCUAUUUUAUCUUUAGUCCACAAGAAGGUUCAAGGAGUGCUCUUUUUUCGGCCACUGAUCCUCAAGUUCCAGAAUACUGUGAACUUUUAAAAGCAGAUGAUUGGCCUGUUUGUGCAUUCAUCUCUCAAGAUUGUCGACCGACAAAUCCUUCUGAAGAAGCACAUAAUAUCGAAACUUCGCACAAAUUGUGGGAGAAGACAUUAGAGAUGAUAGGCCUUUCUUCUGAUGCAGUGCAAAGACUAAUAGAAGGCGAAGAAAUUACGUGCCGCUACAGUAACCAGCAGGAAUAGUCUUGGUUGCCAAUGCCAUAGCACAGGAAAUUCUAGUUCUUACUGGGUAGUUUAUGUGGAAAUGUCAUCCUGUAUGAUGUGUCUGGACGCUUGUUAACAUCAAAUGUCAAGUCUUUGUGAUAGAAAUUGAUUUACAUCAUUGUGUUAGCAAAUCUUUUAGCAGGUGUGCAAAGGCAAUGGUCCCAAAAUUUGUAAUCACGCAUUUGAUUUAAAUGCUAACAUUUGUCACAUUUAACUUUC